CAGCCAUCCUCCCCAUGACCCGCCCAUUCGCCGCUGCUGCCUGAGCCCGGUCAGGUGUUCGUUGUUCACGGACGUAAACUUUGCAUUUGGACCCCCAGAUAAACGGAUUUAGCGUCGGGACAAGCACAGUCGAGGCCAUGCUCAGACGGAUACUUCAAAUGACUCCUGGGAAGGGAGGCUCCCAGAAUGCAGAGUCAGAGCAGCCCAGCACAGACCUGAACCACGACCAGACAUCUGAGGGCUUCAUCUGUCCUCAGUGCAUGAAGUCUCACAACUCUGCCGAGGAGCUGUUCAAACACUAUGAGCUCUUCCAUGAUACCGGAGACCUCCCCGCUCAUGUGGCCCCCACCCGGGAAGACCUUACAAUGCUGCGGCAAGAGGUUCAGGAUCUGCAUGCUUCUCUUAAGGAGGAAAGAUGGUUUUCUGGAGAGCUAAAGAAAGAAUUAGAUAAAGUCCAAGGACAACUGAAGCAAAACGAUGGGCCGGUGAGCUCAGAGGAUGGAGCGCUUGAGAGGAAACUGAAUGAAGCCGAGACAGAAAAGUUUAACAUCAAACAAAUGAAAGACCUGUUUGAGCAGAAGGCUGCCCAGCUGGCCACGGAGAUAGUAGACUUGAAGUCCCGCUACGAUGAGGAGAAAAGCUUAAGGGAAGCAGCAGACCAGAGGUUUGCCAAAUUGAACGAACAACUGCAGAAAGACAAGCAGGAGAACGAGAGACUCCAAACAGAACUGCUGCAGCGGCCGGGAGUUGAGGACGUGGAGGUUCUGCAGAAGGAGCUGGUGCAGGUGCAGACACUAAUGGAUCGUAUGACCCGAGAGAGAGAGGAGGAGUCUGAACGCCUCAGAAACCAUUACGAACAGCUGCAGGCUAAUUACACUACCUCAGAGAUGACCAUAUCCCAACUAAAGGCAGAGCUGGAGAAAGGCCCGCAGGAAGCAGCCGUCUACACGCAACAGAUCCACCAGCUGCAGGGCGAUCUGAAUAAUUUGCAGCAGCAAAGUCAGAACCUGUCUGAAAAACUUGCACGUAAGGAGAAGGAGUGUCAAGAACUGGAGGAGCAUUUGGGAGCUGAGAAAGCUGCCAAGAAGGGAGUCCAGGACAGCCUGAGGGAGAGGGAUUUGGAGGUUCAAGAGCUCCAGGCUCGGGCCACAGGGGCUGAAGCCUCUCUGCAGAAGGCCCAGGCGGAGGUUACAGAGAGGGCUGAGGAGGUGGCGAGGUUGAAGAGUGAGAUUGCAGAGCUGGAGGUGAAGCAUGCAGAGCUGAAGGUUGAGAGGAAACAGUUGGAACACCAGAGAGAAGAAAAAGAAAGCCAAGGUGCUCAGCAGCAGACCGAGAUCAGUCAGCUGCACACCAAACUGCUGGAGGCAGAGAGGCAGCUGGGCGAGGUGCAAGGUCGACUGAAAGAACAGAGACAGCUGUCUGGGGAGAAACUAAAGGACCGCGAGCAGCAAGCAGCCGACCUGCAGCUCAAACUCUCCCGUGCGGAAGAACAGCUGAAGGAAAACGCCAGUAAGAACACAGACCUGCAGCACCAGCUGGAGAAAGCCAAGCAGCAGCACCAGGAGCUGCAGGCACUGCAGCAAAACACCAACGGCAAACUCCGCGAGGCACAGAAUGACCUGGAGCAGGUGUUACGUCAGAUUGGGGAUAAAGACCAGAAGAUCCAGAACUUGGAGGCUCUGCUUCAGAAGAGUAAAGACAUUGUGAGUCAGCUGGAAGCAGAGAGAGAGGAUUUGUGUGCCAAGAUUCAGGCCGGAGAGGGAGAGACGGCUGUCCUCAACCAGCUAAAAGAGAAAAACCACGCACUACAGGAACAGGUGACACAGUUGACAGACAAGCUGAAGAACCAAUCAGAGAGCAACAAACAAGCGCAGGAUAACCUACACAAGCAGGUCCAGGAGCAGAAGACUCUGCUGCGUUCAGCCCAGGACCGAGCUCACACCCUGGAGACCUCGGUCACUGAACUCACCGCCCAGCUGACAGACAGCAAGGACAAAGUAGCCCAGCUGGAUGCUCAGCUGAAGGCAAAGACAGAGCUGCUGCUGUCUGCAGAGGCCGCCAAGGCAGCACAGAAGGCCAACCUGGAGAACAACCUGGAGACCGCUCAGCAUGCACUGCAGGACAAACAGCAGGAGCUGAAUAAAGUUCAGAAGAAGCUGGAGGAGCAGGCCCAGAGACUCAAAGAGAGACAGGAGCAGUGCACUCAGCUGGAAACCAGUCUGAAGGAAUGCAAAGACAAACUGUUGGCCUCAGAGCAGCGCAUAGAGCAGCUGGAGGGGCUCAAUAAGAAAUUGGAGUCACAAGUAAGUGAGGUGCAGAGCACACGAGACCAGGCACAGCAGGAAGUACAGAAGCUGCAGAAGGAGAGUUCAGAGGUUAAAAAGAAAGCCAAGGAGCUACAUCGCUCGCUUGAAACUGAGAAAGCAGGGGCUGCAAAUCUGCAAGAGGAAUUAAAGAAAAAGGCAUCUGCUCUGAGUGACGUGCAGCAGCAGCUGGAACGCUGUGAGAAGGAGAUAGUCACUCUGAAGGUUAACCUGGACAAGGUGACUCAGGAGGGAAAGACUCAGCAUGCAGAGCUGGACAGAAAGGCUCAGAGUCUGGCUGCAGAGCUACAAGCAGCCCAACAGGAGAAAGAGGCUCGAAGAAAGGAGCUUGUCUCUACGCAGGAGAGUCUAGGAAAGGCUAAUAAGGCACUGAAAGAAAGUCAGAAUCAGCUGGAUACUGAGAAGAAGAAUCAUAAAUCAGCCAUGGAGGAGAAGGAAAAGUCAAACGAAAACGCAAGACAGGAGCUUCUAAAAAAUAAUGAGGCCACCACCAAGGCAGUGAAAGAAUCUAAAGAGCAGUUGGAGCAGAUGAGAGAGGCAGAGAAAAAGUUGAAAGUGCAGCUGACCUCAUUAGAACAGCAGCACACCAAGACUCAGGGGAGCCUGAAGGAAAAGGAGAAUGAGCUGGAGAAGCUGCGGGCACAGCUGAAGACGACCCAGGGGUCCUUGGAGGAAGAGGUGAAGAAACUGAAGGGCCAAGUGACACAGCUGCAGGAAGCCGGUGUCCAGAAAGCUGAAGAGGAGAGAAAGCUGAAGGCCCAGGUGUCUGGACUCGGCCAGGAGUUGACCUCUGAGAAGAGUCGGACAGCAGAGCUACAGAAGACCUUGGAGCAAAGCAAAGAAAACCUCACCAAGCUUCAGUCCGACUUCUACGGCAAGGAGUCUGAGGUUUCUGCGCUGCGUCAAGACCUUAAGGCAUCAGAGGAGAAACUGAGCCUGGCCCAGGAGGAGCUGGCUGCUAAUCGAACCCAUCAGACAGGUUUAGAGGCUCAGAUCCAGGAACUGAAAACGGGCCGCGGCUCGUUGGAGCAGGAGCUCGCCAAACGGGAUCAGAAGCUCCAGCAGCAGGAACAAACCCUGAAGGAGCUACAGAAGCAAAAGGGCCAAGUUAAGGAGGAACUGGAGAAGGAGAAGAGCAACGUGGAGGAGCUGAACAAAGCCAAGGGUGUUUUGGAAAAGAACACCACCAGACUGACUUCUGAGUUAAAAACACUAAAAGAGAAGAGUGAGAAGGAGCUGGUUGAGUUGCGGGAAGCCAAACAGCUGUUGAUCCAGCAGAAACUGGAGCUGCAGGGUCAGGUGGAGGCGGCGCAGGGAGCCCUGAAGCAGGAGCAGAAAGAACACCAGUCCACCAAGGACAGCAGGAGCCAGAGGGAGGAGCAGCUGCUCGGCCAAACCAAGGAUGUCCAGGAUCAGUUGGUAGGCGCAAAAAGAGCCAGAGAAGAGCAGGUGAAGCGUGGGGAGGAGGCGGAGGCUAAGCUGGGUGUGCAGGUGACGGCUCUGAAUGAGAACGUGGCCACGUUGAAGAGGGAAUGGCAGGGCAGCCAGAGGAGAGUAAGUGAACUGGAGAAGCAGACGGAUGAGCUGAGAGGAGAGAUCGCCGUGCUGGAGGCCACCGUCCAGAACAACCAGGACGAGCGACGGGCUCUUUUGGAAAGGUGUGUGAAGGGCGAAGGUGAGAUUGAGAAACUACAGGCCAAAGUGGUGGAACUGAGGAGGAAGCUGGACGACACGACGGCAGCCAUGCAGGAGCUCGGCAGAGAGAACCAGUCGCUUCAGAUCAAGCAGUCGCAGAGUCUGACCAGAAAGUGGGCCGAGGAUCACGAGGUGCAGAACUGCAUGGCCUGUGGGAAGGGCUUCACCGUCACUGUCAGGAAGCACCACUGCAGACAUUGUGGAAACAUCUUCUGUGCAGAGUGUUCGUCAAGGAACGCCCUCACGCCGUCCUCUAAAAAGCCAGUACGGGUGUGCGAGACGUGCUUCGAGGAGCUCCAAGGCUGAUUUUUCUUUCCCACUCAUCCCUUUAACUCCCCCCCCACACCCUCUCCCCCAUCCCCUUUCUAUUCCAGUGGGCAGAAGAAGGCAUGUCUUUGUCAUUUUUAAAUGUGCACUAUAACGGGCAGACCCAGUGCAAAGACUCCCACCUGCACGCGACUUCCGGCUCUGGUGUGGAGGGAAAUAACUGAAGGUAUUUACUGAGGAGGCAUCGGAGUCGUGUGACGGGACGGGGUGGGAUCGGUUGGGAUUGUCUGUAUCUGUUUUUGUGCCUUUGCUACUCCUGUGGACUGCCAGAGAGCGGAGACAGAGAUCAUUUAAAAUCGCCGCCCGUCUCUUUUAAGUUCAUCUUCACAUCUCCAUUGUUGUUUGGCAUCGUUAGCAGCUGUGAGGUGGUUGCUUUGCACGUCGUGAUAAAGUUUGGCAUCAGCCGUCAGGAGGUGGAAGGUCAAGAGUGAAUAUUGUGAAGAACUUCUGCCCUACAAAGGUAAAUGCAAGUAACACAUUGUUUGUAUAUAACUCAAUCUGAUCACAAACUGAGAGAAGGAAAUCUCAUUUUAUAGCAAGAAAGUUAAACUCGACUAAUCACUAAGUGAUAUUUUUGUGUAGUUUUUCAACUUAACUGAUUAGUGUGUGUGAUGCAGAUGUAGUUUUUCAACUCUUCAUUUGGCCCCAAACAGCUGUUUAUUUUGAUGUUUGUGUCCAGGAUUUCAUAAAUACAGAAAGGAGAGGUUUUAAAUUGAGGAAUGUGCAUUAUGUGGUUUUAUUCGCAAAGGUAAACGGCACCGGGAUGAUUCAGUAAGUCUGUGCUGUACAGUGAAGUGAUUACAUUCAGAGGUUUUAUGUGAGUUUUGCUCUAAAGUAAACAAUCCAGUCGAUUUGUUCACCAGCUGUUUUCUAUACCGACAUUGACGUCAAAUCAGUUACUGCGCGUUUCCUUUGUGCGGCAGAGUGUUUGUGAAUCUGCAGAAGUUAAGUAUUCAGCCUAUUUCAUGACCAAAGAAUGUGUGCAGCAGGAAAACAGCCAAGGUGAGCGCCUUGAGUUUGUUUCAUUUUUCAGUGUUUAUCUAAGUGUCGUCUGAAAAGCUUUUGAGUUUUAAAUCACAGGGUCUGACAUUUUUGUCUUGAAAACAGCAUUUAUGGCGAUCAGAGGCUUUUUAUGUACAGUCAGUUUUUGUUUUUUUUUUUUUCUGUGCCACAUUUCUCUGUGUGUUAUUUUCUACAAAUUGUGGUGCUUUCCUCAGACUGGUAAUGCAGUCAUUGAAGGUGCCUGCAUGUUUUGUUUUUUUCCCUGCUGCUUGUCUCCACUUAACAGCACUGACUACACUGCUGUAGCUCUGUGUGUGUGUGUGUGUGUGUGUGUGUGUGUGUGUGUGUGUGUGUGUGUGUGUGUGUGUGUGUGUGUGUGUGUGUGUGUGUGUGUGUGUGUGUGUGUGUGUGUGUGUGUGUGUGUGUGUGUGUGUGUGUGUGUGUGUGUGUGUGUGUGUGUGUGUGUGUGUGUGUGUGUGUGUGUGUGUGUGUGUGUGUGUGUGUGUGUGUGUGUGUGUGUGUGCUCUGCUUCGAAGCAAUAACUGUGGCUGUGUGUGAAGUCGCUGUAACAGAGUGUGUGUUUUAGAGUUUAGGUCGGCUGCUCAGAACCUCAGUAUCUCUCUGGCGCUUAGUUCGGGGGCUUGGUUGCUGCUUUCAGGUACAGCGGUUACUGUCGGUUCUCUGUCCAACUGGCCUGCAGCUGAGAACGCUGUAGAAUUCGUUUCGUUUGUAGUCGUCGACAGAUACUGGUGAGAUCUCUUGUGCAAUUGUCAGUGGACCGGAGCAGGUGAUGACACUGUAAACCAGGCGACAGUGCGCGCUAAUUUGCAACAAGCAGCUUAUUUCAGGCAGAUUGGGUCUUUAUGCUUGUGUGCUCAUUACAAAAGAAUCUCCAUCUCAGUUGCAAUCUCUCAAAAACACCUGUUUCUUUUAUUUAGUUUUUUUUGCAUUGCUUUGGUUUCGUUAUGUCUACCUCAGAUUGGCACAGGAAAAGCACUAUUUCUAAACGAUAGACGUCACAGAUGUGGUAUCUUUGGCCGCAUUUGAUUAAGGAUUUGUGACUGAUCUAUCAUGUUGUACAGUCCCUGAAAUCUAGAGAUGAUUUGCACCUUAUUGUAUUCUGGGCUCGUCUGUAUGAGCAGCCAGCCACAAACGUAGGACCACCAACUUUAUACAGGCUUCAGCAUUUCUAGCCCCAAAAUGUACUUAACUGCUCAUUAAUACUAAGGCUGUCAUAAUUAUCUUUGUAAAUGUUUGUAAUGAAAGAGAAAAAUGAACUAUAUAACACUUGUGGAUGUAGAAACAUGACAACAGUGAAGCCGUGUGGAUUGAUUCAUCAGUGUCUUACUCAUUUUGACCAAACGGCACCACAGACGUGUGCACACUGAAUUGUGGCUUGCUUCGUGUUGCUGUCAGUUAUCAUGCAUGAUGACUUAACUGGCCUGUGGCUCACACGUUUUCUCCAUGUUUAGUCAUCAGUUUUCGGUGGUUGUGAAGGCGUGCCUUAGGCCGACAUCCUGCACGUCACUGCUAGCUGUUAGCGGUGGCUCUGCACCAUGUUAUCACCAGAGUCAGCGUGACUUCAGUUCAGCUGAACGGAUGGGAGAAGCGUAAUGUAACUUAUGUUCACAUGCACCAGUUGAUUUUCUAAGUCAUUGUCAUGAACCUAAAUAAAACCUACGGUAUGUUUCUA